AUGAAGCCUCUUACUGGGACUUGGUACGAUAUGCCAGCUCUCAAUGGCGCCAAAACCCUGUGGGCUGGAUUAAAUCGCUACCAUGAGCUACAAGGUGUCUCGAUACCGUUGAGGUUUAUAGGAAGCGAAGAUAUUACCAGUGCAGUUGAGGGAAGCCUCAACGAAACACGCACACAUGUCCUUGAUCUGCUCCAGCAGACUGUGUUCCUGGCAUCACUCAGGCGUGGACCCACAGUUUCUCCAGCCCAGCGUCUGAUGACAAACUAG